UAGCAUCACGGAACUCCCGGAGAGCACGCACACACCCUAGAUGGUGUAGCCCCUGGCACUCCGAGCCUGGCACAGCCGCCGCUCCUGGGUUGCAGACCUGCACAUGGUCACAAAAUAAAACCAUUUGAACAGUUUCAUCUGUCAUGGAAAAGCGCCAGACAUUUGUACAAGUGGUGUCUAAGGAGCUGGUUGGAGAAUUUUUACAAUUUAUUCAGCAUGAUAAAGAUCCCUCUGACCCUUUCAGCCUAAAUGAGUUACUAGAUGAGUUAUCAAGGAAACAGAAAGAAGAAUUAUGGCAAAGGCUGAAGACCUUGUUAACAGACGUGCUGUUAGAAAGCCCGGUGGACGAGUGGCAGGUUGUGCACAUCCAGGGUGAAGACGCCAUGGAGACAGAGCACAGCUCAAAAAUGAGAAAAAACAUAGAAAUAAUUCAUGCAGUCACAUCUGUGAUUCUCGCUUCCGUGUCUGUGAUAAAUGAAAGUGAGAACUAUGAAGCCUUACUGGAGGGUGUGGUUAUAUUAAAUGGGAUUCUGUAUGCGUUGCCUGAAUCUGAGCGCAGGCUGCGGGGCUGCAUCCAGGACUUGUGCGUCAGGUGGUGGGAGAAAGGCCUGCCUGCCAAGGAGGACAUGGGGAAGACGGCUUUUAUCCUGCUGCUGAGGAAGAGUCUCGAGACCAAGACGGGUGCAGACAUAUGUCGGCUUUGGCAUAUCCAUCAAGCUUUGUAUUGCUUUGAUUAUGACUUGGAGGAAAGUAGAGAAAUUAAAGAUAUGCUACUUGAGUGCUUCAUAAAUGUUAAUCACAUCAAGAAAGAAGAGGGAAGAAGAUUUCUUAGUUCUCUCUUCAAUUGGAAUAUAAAGUUUAUUAAAAUGAUUCAUGGGACCAUUAAAAAUCAGUUAGAGGGAUUACAAAAGUCGUUGAUGGUACACAUUGCAGACAUUUAUUUCAGAGCUUGGAAAAAGGCUUCAGGGAAAAUAUUGGAGACGAUCGAAACCGAGUGCAUCCAAGACCUCAUGUUCCACGGGAUCCACCUUCCACGGAAGUCCCCAGUGCACUCCAAAGUGCGCGAGGUGCUGAGUUACUUUCACCAUCAAAAGAAAGUUCGCCAGGGAGUGGAAGAGAUGCUUUAUAGGUUAUACAAACCCAUCCUCUGGAGAGGAUUAAAGGCCAGAAACUCUGAAGUUCGCUCAAACGCUGCACUGUUGUUUGUUGAAGCGUUUCCUGUCAGGGAUCCAAACCUCCGGGCAGCUGAGAUGGAUGGUGAAAUUCAGAGGCAGUUUGAGGAACUCUACAGCCUGUUAGAAGACCCUUACCCGAUGGUCCGCUCCACAGGGGUCCUUGGUGUCUGCAAAAUAACCGCCAAGUACUGGGAGAUGCUGCCGCCGACCAUUCUCAUCGACCUCCUGAAGAAGGUGACCGAGGAGCUGGCGCUCGACACGAGCUCAGCCGACGUGCGCUGUUCUGUCUUCAAGUGUCUGCCGAUGGUGCUGGACAACAGGCUGAGCCACCCGCUGCUCGAGCAGCUCCUGCCCUCUCUCAGGUACAGUCUGCACGACAACUCGGAGAAGGUGAGGGUGGCUUUCGUGGACAUGCUGCUGAAGAUCAAGGCCGUGCGGGCUGCCAAGUUCUGGAAGAUCUGCCCCAUGGAGCAUAUCUUGGUUCGUCUGGAAACCGAUGCUCGACCUGUGUCUCGGCGCCUGGUGAGCCUCGUAUUUAACUCCUUCCUGCCCGUGAACCAGCCGGAGGAGGUCUGGUGCGAGCGCUGCGUCACGCUGGUGCAGAUGAACCACGCGGCCGCCAGGAAGUUCUACCAGUACGCCCACGAGCACACGGCCUGCACCAACAUAGCGAAGCUGAUCCAUGUCAUCCGCCACUGCUUGAGCGCCUGCAUCCAGCGGGUGAUGAGAGAGCCGCAGCCCGAGGACGGGGGCGGCGAGAAGGAGAACGUGAGCGUUCUGGACAAGACGUUGUCUGUGCAUGACGUGGCGUCCAUGGCGGGCCUGCUGGAGGUCGUCGUGAUUCUCUGGAAGAGCAUUCACAGGAGCCUGGAGAGCAACAGGGAGGCCCGAGCGUACACCAUCAACAAGUUUGCCGCCGUCCUCCCCGAGUACCUGAAAGUCUUCCAGGACGAUCGCUGCAGGACACCCCUGUUCAUGCUGAUGUCCUUCCUGCCUGCCUCGGCCGUGCCCCGGUUCAGCUGCGGUGUGAUUCCCACCCUGAGAAGCCAGGAGGAGGGCACCCUGGACAAGAGCUACUGCACCCUGCUGGAUUGCCUGUGCGCCUGGGGGCAGGUGGGCCACGUGCUGGAGCUCCUUGACCACUGGCUGCCCGGGGAGCACCCCCCGGCCAAGAGUAACGCAGCCUCUAAACGUAAAGUGCAGAUCCGCGACACGCGCCCCGUGAAACCCGAGUUAGCCUUGGUUUACAUGGAGUAUUUGCUGACCCAUCCACAGAACCGCCACAGCCUGCUCUCCGCUCCCCGGAAGAAACUUAACAGCCUUUUAAAAGCACUGGAGACGUCGAAGGCAGAUCUGGAGUCGCUUCUGCAGAUGCCAGGCGGGAAGCCGCGGCACUUCGGCGAAGCAGCGGCCCUGCGAGCCUUCUGUCUGCUCUGCCGCCUGAGCAUCCACCUCCAGCACCAGUUCUGCUCAGAAGGAAAAGUUUAUCUGUCCAUUUUGGAAGACGCUGGCUUUUGGUUAGAAAGCAAAGUUUUACCUUUUAUUCAAGAUCAAGAAGAAGAGUAUCUGAAGCUGCACGAGGUCGUGUAUCAGCAAAUCAUCCAGACGUACCUGGCGGUGUGUAAAGACGCGGUUAUGGUUGGCCUUGGCGACUGGGCGUUUCAGUUGCAGCUUCUGCAGAGGGCUCUUGGCAUCAUGCAGACAGUGAAGGGAUUUUUUUAUGUUUCGUUGCUUCUUGACAUUCUGAAAGAGAUAACUAGAAGUCCCUUGAUUCAGAAAAGAGAUUCAGAUGAAGAAGUUGCAACGCUGUUUGACACAGUCCAGAAAGUAUUUCAGAAAAUGCUGGAAUGUAUCGCCCGGAGCUUCAGGAAGCAACCGGAAGACGGCCUGCGGCUCCUGCAUUCUGUUCAGACUCCUCUUCAUGAAUUCGUCACCACUGUUCAGUCCUGGCACACGGACACUGCCGUGCACCGGGGUGUGCUCUCCACGCUGAUUGCGGGACCCGUGGUCGAGAUAAGCCACCAGCUGCGGAAGGUUUCUGAUGUAGAAGCACUCACCCCUCCAGAGCGUCUGUCGGACCUCCCGCCGUUCUCGAGGUGUCUGAUAGGAAUGGUCAUGAAGUCCCCCGGUGUGGUCAGGUCAUUUUUGGAAGAGCUAAGGGCGUGUGUGAUGUCCGACGACAUAGAAGGAAUCAUGUGCCUCACCGCUGUCGUGCACAUCAUUUUGGUUAUUAAUAAAGGUAAACACAGAAGUUCCAAGGUGAAGGAAGUUGCAGCUACAGUUCACAGAAAACUGAAGACAUUCAUGGAAAUCACCUUGGAAGAGGACAGCAUCGAAAGAUUUCUCUAUGAGGUGUCAGCGAGAACUUUGGGAGAACUUCUGAAUUCCUAACCAAGGCGGCAUCUCUAGACACAUACAGGUUGGGAAGAGGACUCAGGCAGGGGGACCACAUAUGUGUUUUCCUUAUGUUUUUAAGGUGGACGACCCAUGUAAGGGAAGAGGUGGGACUUGAGGGGGUUAUGAGAACUCAGAGUCCUCCACUGUUUGCCCAGUGCCUCCGGGAAUAAUAUAUUUAACAUAAAGGACCCCAGGUGUCACAACAAAAUCCAUGAUGCAAAGGAAAAAAGGACUUUUUCCUAGCAAAACUAAUUGUUUUUAUAAUGACUUUUAUAUAUAUAAUAUUGCUUGCAGACUGUGAGUAAUAAAGCAAUGACAACAUCAA